AUGUCAGGUACUAACAAUAGCAGCAAAGAGAUUUUAUCUGUACAGCAAAUAUUCCAGGUUGUGCUGAAUGAAGGACAAAUAAUGAAAGUUAUAUUUGUGAUAUUAAUGUCUGUAUUCUUUAUCUAUUUUAAUGUCAUCAUGGUCUACACUCUUUGGACUAAGCCUAUUUUUAAAGAGACGCCACGCUACAUUCUGUUUAUCAAUAUGCUCAUCAAUGACUCGAUUCAACUUCUCCUCACCUCCAUGCUGUACAUUUUCAGUUUACUCUUUCUCCAGAUAUUCACGGCUGCUUGUGCUCUUAUAGUUUUUCUUUCAGUUACAACUUUCUGUAACGCACCUUUAAACCUGGCUGUAAUGUCAGUAGAGCGUUAUGUGGCCAUUUGCUUUCCCCUAAGACAUGCUGAAAUAGCCACUCAGAAAAGAACUCACAUUGCUGUUGGAGUCAUUUGGUUUAUUGGUUCUAUAAACUUUAUGAUUGAUUUGUUUCAUGUAGCAGUGAUAGACCCUAACAUUUUUACUUUACAAAUACUUUGCAAACGAGAAAUGUUCUUCAUUAAGAAAUGGCAACCAGAUAUUUUACAGGCUUUAAGCAUAUUCUACUUUGUGUCAGUGUCUGUGAUUAUCCUUUUCACUUAUGUUAACAUUGUGAUCACAGCCAGGACCAUUUCCUCCAAUAAAGACUCUGCUACAAAAGCUCACAAGACGGUGCUGCUGCACCUCAUUCAGCUGCUGCUGUGCCUUUCCUCUUUUCUCUACAGCUUCAUAGAGCGAGCUGCAGCUAUGGUUGGCAAUAGCAAACUUAUCUUGGACCUGCGUUAUCUAAACUAUUUGUUUGUGCUGGUCUUGCCACGGUGCUUAAGUCCACUCAUCUACGGACUCAGAGACGAUGCUGUACGACCCUUAUUCAUCUACUACUUCUGGCAUGCCAUGGGCAAACAUAGGCCUACUGUCAACAUACACUGA